AUGUCGUUUACUUUCGAAAGGCCACUCAUCCCGAAGGAUGAAGAACAGAUGGAGAAACAGUUCAAGAACUCGACUAACUCCCCGACUAGUCCGCGCACAGACGUAUCUAUGAUGUCGCUGCCGGACGCGCUUCAGGCUUCCAAGGAGUAUGGCUCUGCAAGACACGUUUAUGGCUCCAAUACGCUGCGUCCUCCUGUCGAAAAGGCAUUGACAGACACGCGGAAUUUCAUCUCAAUGCAUGAGAACAGCCCUGGACGACUCCCUGAAAAUCGUGGUACUCGCUCUGAUUACACGAUUGGUAGUAUUGACCUGAACGGUUCCGAUGAAGAUGACAAAAACGAGGACGAGGCUGAGACAAUCACACUCGACAGCGAUGAGGAUACUAGCAGAACCGCACCGAUGACUCCUAAUGAGCUACCGGUCAAUGAGGCUAUGAAAAGACGACAGGAGGAAUGGGCAGAGCGUGGUGCGGCCAAGAUCGUUCGGGAAGUGACCAAUCCAGAGACCGGACAAACUACCAAACAUGUGAUCAAAAAGGGCAUAAAGGACUUCCGAUUUGGCGACGUGUUAGGGGACGGAUCCUACUCUACUGUCAUGCUAGCACGCUCCAAUGAUAGUGGCAAGAAGUACGCCGUGAAGGUGCUAAACAAGGAGUACUUGAUUCGACAGAAAAAGGUCAAAUACGUCAACAUAGAGAAAAACACAUUGCAAAGGCUGAACAACAGCCGCGGCGUGAUUAAGUUAUAUUUCACAUUUCAAGACGAAGCAAGCCUGUAUUUCCUAUUGGAGUAUGCACCAAAUGGAGAUUUCCUCUCUGUUAUGAAAAAAUUUGGCAGUCUCAGUGAGGAAUGUGCUUGCUACUAUAGUGCACAGAUACUAGACGCCAUUGAUUUCAUUCAUAAGAUGGGUGUGAUUCAUAGAGACAUAAAACCUGAAAACAUCUUACUUGAUAAAGAUAUGAAAAUAAAAUUAACAGAUUUUGGUACCGCCAAGUUGCUGGACAAGUCGGAGAAAAGUGGAAAGUAUGACCUACUGGAAAGAUCGAAGUCUUUUGUGGGAACGGCAGAGUACGUGUCGCCAGAACUUUUGAACGAUAACUACGUUGAUUACAAGUGUGAUAUUUGGGCAUUCGGCUGCAUUCUCUUCCAAAUGAUUUCAGGAAAACCUCCUUUCAAAGCAACGAACGAAUAUCUGACUUUCCAGAAAGUCAUGAAAGUGCAAUAUGCUUUCACUGCUGGAUUUCCCUUGAUAAUAAGGGAUUUGGUGAAACAAAUAUUAGUCAAGGUACCAGAUUUGAGACCAGAUGAGAGCCAGAUCAAGAAGCACAUUUUUUUCAAAGAUGUUAACUUUGAGGAUGGUAGCGUAUGGGAUAAAAAUCCUCCAGAGAUCGCUCCUUAUAAAAUCACAGCAAAGGCUAUGCAACCUGUUCCGGGUCUCAAGGAGUCCAAGUCACGUACUGUCAUUAGCUUGCCAAAGAGACAAGUAAAAUCUGCCUCUCCAUCUCAAUCAUCAUCGCCGUCCACUACAGCUGCUAGUGAGAUGAAGCAGCAAGAAUUGAAAAAACCCCCAGUUGAUCCAAGAACAACUCAAAUAUUGGAGAACGCCAAGAAGAGCAUAAACAAUAGGAAGCAAAAUGCUAAAAGAACGACUAGUGCUGCUUCUGCUGCGGCUGCUGCUCUUUCAAAAAAAACUCCCAUCUCUGUUUCAGCGCCAGCAUCUUCCGGUAAUUUAAGCUCUAGUAACGGGUCUUCACCAACUGCAAAUCCUCCUCCAAAACCAAUCCACGCACCACCUCCUAUCAAAUCUCAUGAUAACCCUCCUAUUAUCCCAACCUCCUCAUCAUCCAAUGUCUACGCUAAUCAAGUGCCACCGAUGGGUAAAGUUGAUAUUUUAUGGUCAUAUUACUUGAAGAAUAUUGAUGAAAGAGUCAUAAAGAUGGGUGAGGUUAACAUGUGUGUUACGAAAAUGCCCUUGCUUGAAAAGAAGUUGAAUAGGGUCAAUAGCUCACUAGCAGAUCCCCAUCAAUCCAAUCAGAGAACUACUUUUCUUUCACAAGUUGCACGGUCGGGUGGUAGUGUUACAGGAUUCAGAACAGAUCUCUCCGCUCAGGGCCUGUCAGAACAAGAUUAUUACUUCGAGUGGAGCAUAUCAGAAGAUUUGAUUCUUGAUACAUUUAAAAAGGCCGGAUCCGAACAAGCGGAAUCGCAUUUAGUGUCAAAUAAGUUCAAGAAACUCUUUCAAGGAAAAGUUGAGGAACCAGAAAAGACGCACGAACUACUACCCGCCAAUGAGUUUCUGAAGAAAAUCGUUGUCGUUACUACCUUUGGCCGCUGCUUGGUUUUCUUAAAGAGAACAAAGGUGCAACCGGAAACGAACCUUUUCUUCGAUCUACAAUACGACAUUAAUGUAUCGCAAGCAGGAACUAGACUGAAGGAAGUUGUAAAUGAUUCUAAACAACCACACACUAAUGACCCUAAUGAUUAUUUUGUUAUUCAAACUCCAUUCAAGUCUUUUGUUAUGAAAUGUGAUAGCCAUAAUUCUGGUUCUUGGUUAACGGCGCUGGGAAAAAGCAUUAAAAUGAAUCAUGAUAGACUUCUGUCGAAACAGGAGAUUCAUGAAACGGCAAACAAAGCCGCAAAACUAGCAAGCCCGAAACUAAUGGCAGAAAAAUCUUUUACGGAUUCCAGCCAAGCCUCGAGCACUGCAUCAUUACGAGUCCAGUCUUCACCUAAGAGCUCGCCAAAGGUCUCUUUGACCGCAAAUUCCGGAACCGCACAGGCCAGCGGAAAGCCAGAACGGUUAUUUGAUUCCUUUGUGAGUUCUAAGGGCAAGCAAACCAAAAGGCCAGCUAAGCCAGUUCCCCUUUCUGGGAAACUGAUUAACGGCUUACCAAGCGUCUCGGCUAUGUAUAGCACGGGUGACGACUAUUUUUCCUCCAAUGAUUUGGGUAGUAGGAACGGAUUUAGUCCACGUCUACAGGCCGGAACGGGAUCGGGAUCCUCUGCCAGAAAAUCAUUGUCAGGUAAGUCAUCGCGAAUGCUAGCCAGAAGCGAGAGAACACUAAGAAAAUAA